AUCCUCUCCAGCUGGCCGUGGAACCUGAGAUGCCAUGGCCGUGCUUGGCAUCAGCAUCGCGCUGCUGGUGUGGGCUGCCACCCUCCUGCUCAUCUCCAUCUGGAAGCAGAUCUACAGCGGCUGGAAACUGCCCCCCGGCCCUUUUCCACUCCCCAUCAUUGGGAAUAUUUUCCAGUUGGACUUGAAGAAUAUUCCUAAGUCCUAUACCAGGCUCGCAGCGCGAUACGGGCCGGUGUUCACGUUGUACCUGGGCUCCCGGCGCGUCGUGGUCGUGCACGGAUACAAGGCCGUGAAGGAAGUGCUGCUGGAGCACAAAAACGAGUUUUCUGGCAGAGGAGAGAUCUCCGUGUUCGAGGCCCACAAGAAUGCUGGAGUCAUCUUCAAUAAUGGGCCAACCUGGAAAGACACACGGCGGUUUUCCCUGACAACGCUCCGCGACUAUGGGAUGGGGAAAGACGGCAACGAGGCCCGGAUCCAGCGGGAGGCCCACUUCCUGCUGGAGGAGCUCAGGAAGACCCACGGCCAGCCCUUCGACCCCACCUUCCUCGUUGGCGGAGGGCCCUGCAAUGUCAUCUCCGACAUCCUGUUCCGCCGGCGCUUUGACUACAACGAUGAAACGUGCGUGAGGAUGAUGACCCUGUUCAAUGAGAACUUCUACCUACUGAGCACUCCCUGGCUCCAGUUUUACAAUAAUUUUUCAAGCUACCUACGCUAUCUGCCUGGAAGCCAUAGGAAACUAAUGAAAAAUGUGUCUGAAAUAAAAGAGUAUUCACUUGAACAAGCAAAGGAGCACCUUAAGACUCUGGACCCCAACUGUCCUCGAGAUUUCACUGAUUGCCUGCUCAUCCAAAUGGAAAAGGAGAAGCAAAGUGCAGAACCUGGGUUCACGCUGGACAAUGUCGCCGUGACCGUGGCCGACAUGUUCUUUGCGGGGACAGAGACUACCAGCACCACCCUGAGAUACGGGCUCCUGAUUCUCAUGAAGUACCCCGAAAUCGAAGAGAAGCUUCAUAAAGAAAUUGACAGGGUGAUUGGACCAACCCGAAUCCCUGCCUUCAAGGACAGACUAGAGAUGCCCUACAUGGAUGCCGUAGUGCAUGAGAUUCAGCGAUUCAUCAGCCUUGUGCCUUCUAACCUGCCCCAUGAAGCAACACGGGACGUGGAGUUCAGAGGAUACGUCAUCCCAAAGGGCACCGUAGUAAUUCCAACUCUGGACUCCCUCUUGUAUGACAACCAAGAAUUCCCUGAUCCAGAGAAGUUCAAACCGGAGCACUUUCUGAAUGAAAAUGGAAAGUUCAAGUACAGUGACUUCUUCAGACCAUUUUCUGCAGGACCCGUGUGAGCACAUCGGGUUCACCUGGAUAAUCCAGGAUCAUCUCCCACCUCGAGGUCCUCAGUUCAUCACAUCUGCAAAGCCCCUUUGCCAUGUGAGGUGACACACACCCCAACUCUGGGGAUGGGACCUGGAUAUCGCUGGGGGCCAUUAUCCCACCACUCUCCACCUCAUCCACCUUGGAGCACUGCCGAAAACCAGCAAAUUCACGGACGGCAAAUCAAUGAGAUGGAGAGUUGCAGCAGCCCACACGCCGAAAGGCGUGUGUCAUUCUCACCAUCCCACUUACAGAAUGCUUAUCCUACAUCCAGCAGAAAAAUACAAGAAAUUGUCUUUUCAUUUGCUUUAGGGCAGAGAGCUUUCAGUUUGAGAGAAUUCUCUAGGCAAAUUCCAAAGUACCUAAUACCGAUGGAAGCAUGUUUGUAGGGAGCGUGGGAGCCUCUUGAGGGCUGUUUAACCACUCAGCACAACAGCAUCUGGCUACCAGCAGUCUUGGACUGACUUCCUGCUCAGCACAUUCCGAAACCCGUAUUCAUGGUGCAGUUUCUCAAGCUGCAGCUACUAGAUGUCCUGCUGUCUCCCUGAGUGUGAGCAAUGAUCCAAAGGUAAUACUAUUUUGGAAAAGUAGUCCAACCUUAAAAGUACACUCUCUACUGAUCUAAACCACACUUGACAGACAGGAGGAAAAGGGGCCUGUAGGAGUGGGUGGACAAAGAAGAGGAAGGAACCCUUUCCUCGGUGUUGGGAAGUGGCCAGAGAAAUGUGGUGGCACACUGGCCUCAACCCACCGAGCAGUUUAUAUUCAAAUCCCCAGCCCAGAAUCCACUUCCAGGGGGCAGCUGGGUGAUUCCGCCUUCCAACUCAGUGACAAAAAGGUGCCCUCAGCCUCUCGUUUGUGCUAUUAUCCCCACAAUUGCCCAGACAGAACUUCAGAGUAGCCUUGGUUCUCUCUCCUCUUACUACACAUGGUUAAGGGCAUCGUAAAUCCCAUAACCGCCCCAUGCAGUGCACUGUUGUAGGUCUACCCGGGUGGCAGCAGCCCCUAGUGCCGUCACGCAGGAGCCUCGUGAGGACGUUGGCACAAAGAAGCCUCUCAACAGCGAUGACUUCUCACACCUGCUCUGCUUCGUCCUCUUCUUGCAGAAAUUAACAUUAAAUACCGUUGUAAAACUCAUUUUCCUGAAGAACAGUUCAGGUCCAGUCACUUCCUGGACAGAUGCCUUUAAAAUCCCACACUGGGUGUAGAAUAAAACUCAAACCCUACGGGCAGAACUCAAAGACUCCAAUGUUCUGUUUUUUGGUUGUUGUUGUUAUUUUUUGAGAGGAGGAAACUUCACUGAAGUGUGAUUUUUAAAAUUCAUCAAUUCUAAAUGUAUAAUUUGAUGAUGUUUCAUGAAUGUAUAACUACCACAAUCAAGACACAGAAUAUUUCCAUGACCUCAAAGAUUUCCAUCCUGUCCCUUUGUGGCCAAGCCCCUUCCCCAUUCUCAGGCCUUGACCAUUGAUUGGAUUUUUGUUCCUAUAGCUUUGCCUUUUCAAAAAUGUUACAUAAAUGGAGUCAUAAAUUA